UGAACCUUCACUCCUACUCGGAUAGCCACAUGAUCUGUGUGAACCUGUUCUUCUCAUUGCGAGUUUGACAUCAUUUCCAAGUCGGAUUCCAGAUCACGAUGUCGAAGGAAUCGGCAGCGAUCACCGGAGCGGUCCAAGUGCCAGACUCGGUCGUGACUAUUCCAAAUUCGGGGGAGAAGCAUCACGGCAUUCCGACCGCGGUUUUCUUUGAUGAUGUCGCUAGUCUUGCUGUGAAAAACACCGCAACAGGGUUAAUCGAUAAACUUUCUGCCCUCAGUCAAAAGUAUCGGUUUUUUGAGGAAAAGCUGUUAAAGAGUCGCGACACUUUGGGAGAAAAGAUUGCUGAGGUGCAACGCGCUUUAAAAGCAGUCACGUCCUUGGAAGAGAAGAGCACUAGAUCCGGCGACAAUUCGUCCGAUAUCGAGACGCAGUUUGAAUUAAGUGAUGGGAUCUACGUACAAGCCGUUGUGCCUCCAUCGAGAGCAGUGUGCUUAUGGCUCGGGGCAAACAUAAUGGUUGAGUAUUCAUACAAGGAAGCCAUUACGUUGCUUACGAAGAACCUGGGUUCGGCUCAAACGAACCUAGCCGAAACAAAUGCGGACAUUAGUUAUUUACGCGAUCAACUCAACACAACCGACAUUAAUUUGUCGCGGGUGUACAACCAUCAUGUACAGUCGGUGAGGAAGGCUGCAGCGCAAGGGAGUGCUUCGAAGACCGCGAUAGGAGCAGCUACGUAGGCUAAUUUCGCCCGUAAACCAACUUCUUUCGAAA